GUUACCAUUUGACAUCAUUUCUCGAUGAUUUCAUUAAGUACUACCAAAAGGCACCCAACUAUGCGCGCAAUUAUGUCUAUUCUGGCCAAAUAGUGAUUCCCAACAUUUGUGUGCCGUCACAACAGUUGUAUAAUUACAUCAUAAGUCACAACGAAUUGUAUGGAAUGAAAGUCUUUCGCGUGAAUUCUCCCCUUUCUUCCGAAGAUAACAUCGAAUUGACUACAGAGUAUGUAUUGGUCGAGCUAUCGAGCCAUAGAGUGCCCUAUAAGGACACAAAUGACAUCCGACAGGUCGACAACUUUGAUGUCGGAGUUCUUAUAACUCACGACUUCUGCAACAAUAAUAACACACUUUCUCUCAAAUUCUUUGUUCUGUUGACGAGUCAAAGGGAAUUGUUUCCCAAACGGUUUAGCAGUCAUUUCGGUCCCAACUCUAAGGGAUUCUUUAAACCCAUUCGUCUUUAUUCAUCUCAACCGUCGAGUGAAACCCAUUCCCGAAAGAGUAGUACUAUUACUGAUCCCAAUCUGAGUGACGGAUCGUUUACUGACAAUUCAUUUCAAAGCAUGAGAGAGAUAACAGUUAGCACUUCGAGUGUAAUGAUCACUAAACCAGUGGACAAAUUCGCGCCCAAAUCCAUACCAUUGUUGUCCACUUCGACUGGCAUUUGUGACGAAGAGAUCACUUAUUUGGGAUACUUUAGCAGUCAUGAGACUAUGAUGUUGCAGAUCCUUCAGGACAGGGCUAACGAGACUCAGACACAACUGACCGAAGCAGUCAAGACCGCGGCCAUCGACUGCCGUCGAGAGCAUCUCUGGACAUGUCUUUUGCCUCGAAAGACAAAUAAUAGCGAAUCAGAUGACACGCACUUAACUAUCACUGAGUUUGACGAACUCUUGAGUUUAGUG